UGAAAAUUGUCAACUUCCGGCUUUCUGCUCUUAAAUUCCUCGUUACAAAAGUCUUAUUCUAUCGAAAAUGAAAGGCCUGGUUUAUGCAACAAUCUGUGUUCUACUUUCCUUUGUGAUUUACCUCUCUGAUAAUAUCGUUUGUGACGAUAGCUGGGUGAAACCACCCACGAAAUGCGAAGUGUGCAAGUACCUUGCGACGGAAUUUGUCAGCAAACUGUCGGAAACAAAGUCAGGUCAAGUUCUGGAAACGGGGCACGGUCUUGAUACCAAGAAGAAGAAAAUAAAGUAUCAAACAUCUGAGCUGAGGUUAUACGAUGUUCUCAACGAGCCUCAUGUGUGUGAAAGACUGCUGGACUACAACGUCCACAAUGAGAGGAAAAACAGCUUACGUUUUGCCAAGAAAAGAAGCGAAACAAUGUCAACUCUUCAAAAUCUCGUGAAUCGUGGCGUUGAUGUGAAAAUGGACAUUCCAUAUGACUUGUGGAAUGAAACGUCUGCAGAAGUAAGAGAAUUGCACAAACAGUGUUUCAUAAUAACUAAUGAAUAUGAAGAAGACAUUGAAGACUGGUAUUUCCACCAUCAGGACAAAGAUUUGAUGACAUACUUGUGCUUAGAUAGAUAUCUGAAAGAUUCAAAGGCGGACAGUGCUUGUCUGACCGAAAAGGAAGGAGAUUCUAAAACAGAAAAUGAUGAAGGAAAGGAAGAAAAGAACAAAUCUAAAGAUGACAAGAAGAAGAAACUUUCAGAAAAAAUCAAGAAAUCGAUUAAGGAGGAAUUGUGAUAACAGAACAUUAUUAGAGUGAACAGAGCAUCGAGUGUGGUUUCAGAGCAUAUUUCUUGACAGUCUGUAAAUCUGAUUUACAUUUACAGUCUGCAUUUACACAAGAUGUGUUUGUUGUGCAAUCUGCAGUCUGGGAUGUAUUUCAGAAAAUAUUGUUUCUUAAAUUUGGUGAUGUCCGGUCUUCGCCAAAUUUGAAACUAUCUUGAUUCUGGUUUUGGAGAUGUAUAGACCGGUACUGCUUUUGAUUUCUCAGAGAUUAUGGCCGUGUACAUUCCAGUUUCAGUAUUAGCUGAUGCACUAUAAAGCACGUUCAGAAUGUUGUCUUUGCAAAAUGCCGAUCUUUUCUCCUGAGGCGGCAGGAAAAAUUGUUACAGUUUCAGUCUUGCAGUUACGUCUGAGAAGGAAUUCGUACUUAAUGCGAUUGAUGUUAAUAUAUUCUUGAGAUUGUAUGUAUUCAAGGAAAUCGUUUCAUUGUGAAGUCGGACAAUGUCAUGUAAGAUAUUUCAUAGCACUGGACUAGCCCAAACUUGCUAACUCUAACAAUAACUGAUCUCUUUAAAAAAAACCCGGCCGAGUACAUCUUGUCUGGAAAUAGUCGAAUGGCAAGGCAGAUUAUAUGUAUAUGUGCUCUCUACUAACUUUAAUUCCUAACAAUACUUAUUUGCCAUAAUGAUAGAAUCAAAACCUCCAUAUUGAUGUUCAGUUGUACAAUUACAUGUACAUGUACAAGCAUUUCCUGGAUUUAUGGUCCAGCCAAUAGAAGGAGAGAUACAAGUUGGUACAUACCGGUACUUUUCUGAUGAUUAAAACAUGUGUUGUUUGUGCAAUAGUGUGACUUUCAUGUGCAGCAUCCUUGAAGUUGUGUUUUGUUACAGAAAAUAAAGAUAUUUUUAC